CUGAGUAAAUUUUGUGUCUUUAGUCACUGGAGUGCUCUUAAGGGUACUGACCUGUCAAGCAAGCUGUGUUUUUGAACAGUUUGCUGCUUACUCUAGUUGAACAUGGCCCCAAAACUGGUCUUUAAAAGCAAAUAAGACUACAUCAGGACCAAGAAAACCAACUACUAGCCAUCUAAUUUGGGUACUGUUCCUAGACUAACCUCUUUCAACUCUGGUAUGAAGUUGUUGGCAUGUACUUGGGCUCUCUGGGGUCUUGCCCUCGGUUCCGUUCAAGCAAACAAAGAUAUCUGCAAUGCAAAGCCCAAAGACCUGCCCUUGAAUCCAAUGUGCGUCUACCGCAGACCGGAUACCGAACUAGAACUGACCGAAGAACUCGAGAAGAUCCCAGCUGGUACCAACCCCCGAGUAUGGGAAUUGUCCAAAGCCAACAGUGGUUUUGCCCUCUCAUUGUUUAAGCAGCAUUCUGCAGAAAAGCCCAGCAAUGAAAACAUCUUUCUGUCGCCAAUUAGUAUCUCAACUGCCUUUGCCAUGACCAAGCUAGGGGCUUGUAAUGCCACACUGGAGCAGAUAAUGAAAGUGUUUGAGUUUGAUUCGAUAAAGGAGAAGACAUCAGACCAGGUUCACUUCUCUUUUGCCAAGCUGAAUUGUCAUCUGUACCACAAAAAGCACGAAACGAUGGAACUGAUCUCUGCCAACCGUUUGUUUGGAGACAAAUCUACAGUGUUCAAUGAGACCUACCAGCACAUCAGUGAGAUGGUCUAUGGAGCCAAAUUGAUGCCCCUCAAUUUUAAGGAGAACCCUGAUUUUUCAAGGAAGGUUAUAAAUGAUUGGAUUGCCAACAAGACACACAACAAAGUAAAAGACACUCUGCCAGAAGGUUCAAUAGACCCCAAUACCAUAUUAGUCUUGGUAAACGUCAUCUACUUUAAAGGUCAAUGGAAGCACAAGUUUGAUGAUAAAAAUAUCGUAAAAGCAGAAUUUCACAUUACUGGGAGACAGACGUGUCCAGUCCCCAUGAUGUACCAAGAGAACACAUUCCAGUAUGCCAGAAUCCAAGAGGACAAUGUACAGAUACUUGAGUUGCCCUAUAGUGGUGGUGACAUCACAAUGGUGCUCAUAUUACCUACUGAUAAUAAAUCUCUGUCGGAAGUGGUGGAAAGCAUGAACCAAAAGAAACUUGUUGGUUGGCUACAUGCCAUGAAAAAGACCACAGUGAGUGUGCAGAUCCCUCGUUUCCGUAUUGAGGACAGUUUAUGUCUCAAGGAGCACCUGAAGAAAAUGGGCCUUAAAGAUCUUUUUAGUUCAGCACAUGCCAGUCUCUCAGGCAUGGCGGCUGAUGGGUCUGGCUUGUACAUCUCUGAAGCUUACCACAAAGCGUUUCUUGAGGUGAAUGAGGAGGGUAGCGAGGCUUCUGCUUUGGUAGUCACCAAAGGGUGUUCCUUUAAAAUCUUCCAGGAGCAAUUUGUAGCAAACCAGCCCUUCCUUCUGCUGAUCCGCGAGUCCAGUAUCAAUGCCCUGCUCUUCACCGGCCGAGUCGCAAAUCCUUGUGGGAGCAGUUAAUGGAUCUGACACUACGACAAUGGUCAUGGACUGUCAUUGUGGUUCAUCGUUAACUUGACGGGGUUGCUUUUGUUUCUUCGUUAUUGGUUGGUCACAAUAGGUUAUUUUUGUCAGUCUACCAAUUGAGAAGUGGAAAUGAGCAUAUCAAGAGGUGCAAGAGUUUUCAUCUUUAAGUUUAGAAAAAUAAUACAAUAAUUGCAAUGAUAUAUGUACAGGCACAUAAUAAGGAUAAAACAGGUUUAUUUUUUCAUAUUAGAAAUUUGGGUUUAGCAGUAUCACACAAUCUGGGCGUACAUAAUUAUACAUUUAAAGAAUAUAAUUACAAAUCCUUCACAGUUACACUUAAAGUGCUUUAUAUCUUUUUAAAAGAAUGGACUUGACAUACUGCCAAUGAGAAAAAGACAUAGUGGUUAUUGUGAAAAUGGCAUUCACAUUAUUAUGACUAAUCAUUCUUACUCCUGUACCAUUUUAAAAGGGCAACGUCAUCUUUCAAAUUUAGAGUAAAUCUUAAACUUCAAAUAACUAAUUACACCUAUGAAUAUAAUUUCUAGAAUUUUAAAACAGAAUAUAUUCACUAUUUCAAUAAAUACAUUGGUUUGCUAUUAAAAUUAGACAAAUUGAUUUCCAAGAUACUGAUGCUUGUGUUUGGAAAUUGGACUUUCAACAAUAAAAUACCUAUUAUAAUUUGUUUUAUCUCAUGGUUUUGUAAAAUAAUAUAUUUUCUUACGGUAUGGUUUAAAUUAAAGUAAUUAACAUUUUAUAAGACACAUGAAAGUAACUUUACAGACUAUAUUGCUUUUUGCAAGCUAAACAAUAUAGCAAGACAAAUUUCAAAGGUCAAUCUUUUGGCUUCUCUUGGUGCAAAUUUAGAUGCCUAAAAAAUGUCUAUGUUUGGCCAUUACAAAAGACAAAGACAACAUGCAAAUAAACAAUUUCUACUGAGGGUCAGUAGAAAAAAAGAAAUGUCUUAUUUCUAUGUACAAAGACUCUGAGAAAGAAAACAAUUGACAACUUUUUUUGACAGUGUCACGUUUGCUUGCUUAUUCAGACAAAGUGUUGAUAUAUGUGUAGGCUAUUUCCAUUAAAGUGUCCUCAUCCGAAAUGUGUUGCUUUUACAUUAUUUGCUCCAGAGGGACAUCAAUGCGACGCAACUGAAAAAACUCGAAAGUUAUGGCUCAGCAUUGUCGUUCCGAAAAACUAACUAGAGACAUGCAUUUUAUCACGUUUCACAAGCUUGAUCAUGACCACAAAGAAAAAGUGAAUCGUAACACUUUUCAAUUAGGUUGAAUUGUUUACAUUAGUAUACUAGAUUAAUUAACAUAAACAAAAACUAAACAAUACUUUUAUAGAAUGUAAUAACCUUGGAUAGUUCAUUUUAACAUAUACUAAUACAUUUUUUUAAUCCCCAUUCCUACCAAUUUGGAAUGCCCAAUUCCCACUACUUAGUAGGUCCUCGUGGUGGCGCGGUUACUCACCUCAAUCCAGGUGGCGGAGGACAAGUCUCAGUCCACUUCUGAGACAUCUUAUCACGUGGCUCGUUGUGCAUGACACCGCGGAGACUCACAGCAUGUGAAGGCUCAUGCUACUCUCCGCGAUCCACGCACAACUUACCACAUUGAGAGCAAGAACCAUUAAUCGCGACCACGAGGAGGUUACCCCAUGUGACUCUACCCUACCUAGCAACCAGGUCAAUUUGGUUGCUUAGGAGACCUGGCUGGAGUCACUCGGCACACCCUGGAUUUGAACUCGCGACUCCAGCGGUGGUAGUUAGCAUCAAGACUGACUGAGCAACCCAAGCCGCACUUAGUAAAUGCUAUAAAAGCAUAUUGCUGCUCAUCAUAUCUAAUGUUGGCAAACAGAACCUUAUCGAAAAGUGCUACGCAGUUAAUAUUUAUUGUAUCAGCCAAAAUGCAUAAUUGCUUUAAUAUUUCUUCCAAUCUUUUCUUAUUUAACAUCUGAUUUUGAAACCAAUUAAUUUAAAGUGUUUGUUAAGGUGUAUUUUUUGUUUUCGCACCACUUUUUGUUUUUUAAAGCAACUUUGGAAAUGGGGUGAAAUAUUGCUUUGAAGGUAGUUUCAUGCCAAACUACACAUUCUGUAACACUGUUAUGAUUAAACAUGAUUUGGUAUUGUUCAAUCAAUACCAUUAAACUGCAGAUGAUGUAUUUUCAUACAGAACAUUAAUUCAAUAUUUAAGCCUAAUAUAUACACUGUAGCAACACAUUUAUCCUCUGCCAUGUUAUUUAAAGCUUGAAAAACAAAUACAAAAACUGAACAAAUAAUAUUUGAAUUAAUAAUAGUAAAAAAAAUUAAUAAAAAAAAAGGCAGGUUGGUUGGCCAUCAAAGUUUUGAAGGUCAAAGAUAGAUAUACACAAAGGGAAAACAUGCUGAAAUUUAAUUAUCAUUAGCAUUAUCAAAACCCAAAUUAAUAUUCAAUUUAGACUGCUGAAAUGUGCAGUACAAUAAUUGGAAUGCUUGAUUACAGAUAUUGAUCCCUUGAUAUUAAACUGUAGUUAAUUCAUUCACAAAGAGAUACUUUAUGUCACUAUCACCCAAGUCUUAUAUGAUUGGCAUACACAAAACAGGCCCAUGCCCCGAAUCGAACAUUUAAAAGAAAAAUAAGGGCAAAGUCCAUAAAAAGAACCUUUCAUAUUCUUAUAACAUAUUAAGUAAUGAUUAUGUUGUUUACUGACAAAUGCACUUGCAUUCUCUAUUAUUAUGAGGUUGCAUUGUGACAAAUAAAAGCGACAUGCUCUUCUAUUUACCAAGGUUCUGUACUGUACAACAAAGUUGAAAUGAAACAGUUUCAGGAUUGUAUUUCACUUCGAAUGCAUCUUGAGGCAUGGGUAUUUACAUCGAGAGGAAAUGUUCAUAUGUGUGUAUGCUUUUUGCUGCAUUUUUCUGAAAUAUGACCCGAGUUACCCAGAGCUCCAAGAAAGAAUAACUGUUUGGUACAAACCAAAAAGGUAAACACAAAAAGUAAACCGUGAGUUCCUGAUAUUUGUAAGAAGAAUGUUUACCUGCUGACCUGUGUUCACAAACGUGUGUAACGGUAAAAUUUGUAAACCUGUUUUGAUAUGAGGUGAGGUGCUUAAAAUCCCUCUCAGAAAAAUCAGUAGCUGUUUAUUUUUUAUAAUAUUCAUCAUAUCCUCUCCUAAAAAAAACAGUCACAACCAAGUGUGAUUCACAGCCUUAUAAAAAAAAUGAUAAUUGCUAACAGCUUCACUUUUGCUUAAAACGCCUUUGCUUUUGUUGAUCACUAAAAACUGCCUCUUUAUAGUUAAGUAUAAAUUUGUCUAAAUAUGCAUUGGACACAUGUAUAUAGAUAUACAAAUAUUCUAAAAAGACAAAAAAAAAAAAAUCUCACCACCACCCUUCCUUUAAGUGCCUGAUGAAAUCUCUUUUUGUUCCUCCAAAUCUUAAAGGGAUAGUUCACCAAAAAAUGAAAAUUCUGUCACCAAUUAAUCACCCUUAUAUUGUUUAAAACCUGUUGGCUCCAUUUCCAUGACCGCGCUAGGCGCAGCGCUACGACGGUGCGCAACAUCUUGAGAGUGCUAAUUCUAAGCGCAAGUGGGUGUGAGUGGGAGUGUUUCAGCUCGUGAAAUAAUAGCACGUUAUGAAUACACUUGACAUUUAUGCUCGCUUUAGAAGUUAGCCAACUGUAUUCUGAAUUCUUCAUGCUUUACAGAUUGUUCUUAAUUUUUAGUGUUUAGCCAGUUUAGUAUAUUGCAUUGUGUGUAUAUGUUUUUUAUGGAUACAGCGUAUUCACAGCGCAAGUUACACAUAUUAUGACUAGAGUGUCACUUAGUUCCAAGUUCACCUGUUCAUCUGCUUCAUUGUCUGUACAUAUGCAAGUUGAAAUAUUACACAUACACUGGCGGCCAAAAGUUUGGAAUAAUGUACAGAUUUUGUUUUUUGGAAGGAAACUGGUACUUUAAUUCACCAAAGUGGCAUUCAACUGAUCACAAAUAUAGUCAGGACAUUACUGAUGUAACAAACGGCACCAUCACUAUUUGAGUUGCCACAGUGCGCAAUAGACUGGCAUGUCUUAAGGUCAAUAUUAGGUCAAAAAAGAAACUCUCUCUAGAAACUCGUCCGUCAAUCAUUGUUUUGAGGAAUGGAGGCUAUACAAUGCUUGAAAUUGCUUCAAAGACAAAUGACAACUGGCUCUAACAAGGAUAGAAAGAGAUGUGGAAGGCCAGAUGUACAACUAAACAAGAGGAUAAGUACAUCAGAAUCUCUAGUUUGAGAAAUAGACACCUCACAUGUCCUCAGCUGACAGCUUCAUUGAAUUCUACCCGCUAAACACCAGUUUCAUGUACAACAGUAAAGAGAAGACUCAGGGGUACAUGACAUUAUGGGAAGAAUUGCAAAGAAAAAGCCACUUUUGAAACAGAAAACCAAAAGAAAAGGUUAGAGUGGGCAUAGAAAGACAGACAUUGGACAACAGAUAAUUGGAAAAGAGUGUUAUGGAUCUUAACCCCAUUGAGCUUUUGUGGGAUCAGCUAGACUGUAAGGUGCAUGAGAAGUUCCCAACAAGACAGCCACAUCUAUGGCAAGUGCUACAGGAAGUGUGGGGUGAAAUGUCACCUGAGUAUCUGGAUAAACUGACAACUAGAAUGCCAAGAAUCUGCAAAGCUGCACAUGAAGAAUUUUUGGAUGAGAACUCUUUGAAGUAGUUUAAGAAAUUAAGAUUUAUUUAUUUUUUAAAUGGUAAAAGUAAUGUUUCAUGUUAUUAAUGUCCUGACUAUACAUGGUGAUCAGUUGAAUGCCACUUUGGUGAAUAAAAGUACCAAUUUCUUUCCAUAAGAGCAAAAUCUGUACAUUAUUGUCUUUAAUCAUCUGUAAUGAUUAAUCUCAUGUAUAAAUAUGAUGCGUUAGAGUGAGGUCAUUCACCCGUUUUUAAGCAUUUAUUUUUGCCGGUGUUCAGUGCUUUCAACUUGCGAAUCUUAAGCGGAGAAAUCACAAUGUUGAAUUCGAUUGAUCCAUAUAUCUUCUUUACUAAACAGAUGUUUAAAUGUCUCUUUUUAUGUUUAUAUCUUGCAGUAAUGUUUGUUUCUCGUCAUAUCUUCGUCAAAAGUAGUUUUAAUAAAAUCGUUUAAUUAUCGUCAUUCAUUAACGGAAUCAAAAAACACUUCUAAGAAAGCUUUCGUCAGCGAUAUUCGUUGAGGAGAUUAACACUGAAGCCGAUACAAUCACUGUUAAUACUAGGCAUACUUUGUGUAUCAGUAGAUGGAAAUGAUUUAUCAUUCUAACAUUCUCUAUAACAAUGGUUCCCAACCCUUUUCCUGGAGGCCCCCAAACACUACACAUUUUGGUUAUCUCUCUAAUUAAACACACCUGAUUCAAUACAUUAGCAUAGUUCGUGGAGACUCCACGACAUGAAUUAGGUGUGUCAGAUAAGGGAGAUAUACAAAAUGUGCAGUGUUGGUGGGGGUCUCCAAGAAGAGGGUUGGGAACCACUGCUCUAUAAUUUAACGGAGCAUAAAUUCAAAUCCAGACGAGAACCAAAUUUUUCAUGCGUAUAAAAGAAGUGUGUUACUGUCAUAGAAAUAUGCCUGACAUUCAACAUGGACGAAGUUAAUGCACAAAAGAACGUCCAUAUUUCUAUACUUUCAAUUUAUUGCAUCCAGUCUAUACACUGACAACUUCUUAUGAAUGUGCUGUCUAUGUUUGUAUCACUGGUGCUUGACAGGGAAUGGACUAUAUAAUAGGAUGCAGAUGGUGCAAUAACCUGAGAAGAACCUCAUAAUUAAAUUGCACUUAACCCAGCCCAUUAGCGCUUUGCAUGUGCAAAUUUUCCAAACCCACUUGCACCUAGACUUAGCGCAUGCUUCCACAAAAAUAUAAAAACUUCAUGGCCACCCCCACUAUCUUUGCAUGUAUGACGUUUUGCAUAGUGCUGUGCUUAGUGGUCUUAAAUAGGGCCACUUUCACAUGACUUACUUUCUUAUGUAGAAAACAAAAGGUAAUGUUAAGCAGCCUCAGUCACUAUUCACUUUCAUUGUAUGGAAAAAAACAACAUGCAAUGAAAGUGAAUGGUGAUUGAGGCCAACGUUCUGCCUAACAUCUCCAUUUGUGUUCCAUGGAAGGAAGACACAUACGGGUUUGGAACACAAGGUUUUUCAAAUUUGGAUGAAUUAUUCCUUUAAGGGUUUAAGGACUUCCACAAUAUAUUUCAGUUCCUUUGGUUACUGAGAGCUUCAGUAAAUUACGUCAUUAGCACCAACUGGAAACAUCUGUUCGUAGGCCAAGUGUAAAGGCACUUGACCUCAAAAAGUUAAAGUGCCAUCCUUUGGAUGAAGGGAAAUCUUACACUCAAAGUCAUUCCGUGGCAUUUUAUCGUUUCCCAAUCAUCACAGACAUACGGUUUCUGCUUUCUUAAACAGCUUUGACGACCAUUUCAAGUCCAUUUUGGUUCGUCUCCGUAUUUCUUUUGACUCAAUACAAAAAGGCAGAAGGUUAUGCCCUGUGGGAGACCCCUUCCUCCUGUUCUAACACAUUUUACAAACAAAAUAUCAUCAGACCAGUAUAACAAGUUGGAGAGACUUGGAAAUCUCCAAACGAUCUACAAAAACAAGCAGUUAAAACAUGAAACUGAAAAAAAUGAAUUAGGUUGAGUGCAUUGAUGUAUCUGCGUGUGACAGAUCGGUAUUGCGUAGUGAUGCGAGAG